AUGAACCUCCUUCACCGCAACCACCACCUCUCCAUACCUCUCCUCCUCCUGUCUCUCCUCCUCCUCACACUCCACCCAACCUCCGCCUCCACCACCGCCCUCCCGCCCGCCAUCGACCCCACCACAACCCCCGGCUUCGCCUCCCUCGACACCUGCAUCCAGCUCUGCUUCACAGGCGGCGCCCUCAGCGCCCACAACUUCGGUACGCGCGUCGGCUGCGCCACAAAGGCGUGUGUGUGCGAUGCGGCCGCGGCCGCCGCGGUCGAGGAGUAUAUGGAGACGUGUGCGAGCGUGAGCUGCGCGAAGCCGCGGAGGCUGGAGUGGUGGAAGCGGGGCGCGUGGAAGAAGAUCUUUGAGAGGUAUUGUGAGGGCGUGUGGGGGAGUGAGGUGGAAGUGGAGGGGGGAGUGGAGGGGUGGUAG